AUGGCAUUCAGCGCACCGUUUUCAGCACCUCAAAUGGAUUGGGAAACUAACGACUCGAUCUUAGCGUUUGGCAAAUUCAAGCAAAAAUGUGAGCUGAUGUUCAAAAGUAUACUCAAAGACACUGAAGGAGAACAAGUCAGCUAUGUCCUGCUAUGGGUUGGCGAGCAAGGUCUCGACAUCUACAACAGUUGGACAUUCGAGGACGUGAAAGACCAAAAAGACCCAGCGAAGAUUCUCAAUAGAUUUAUGGAACAUUUGGAGCCACGGACAAAUCUGACGGAAAUCAUCGAAUUCACAGGUAUACUUUACAAGGUAUGCGACAAGACCAAGGUGAGUCAAUCGAUAAUUUUAUUACCAAGAUUAAAAAUAUCGCAGCCAAAUGUAAGUUUAAUGGCAAUGAAGAAAUCGAGGACAGAUUAUUAGAUCAACUAAUUUGGGGUACAAAUGAUCCUGAAGUUCAGAAAUCCUUAAUUGGACGCGAUGAAAAACUAACAUUAAAUACUGCCAUAGAUAUUGCUAGAAGUUAUGAAGCAACGAAGCGUCAAAUGAAUUCAUUAUCAAAUCAAAAUAAGGGAAAUCCCCAGCAAAUUGAUAACAUUACUCGCAAGAAAUUGAACGCUGAUAAUAAAAAUCAUAAUAAUAUUAUACAGUGUAGAAAUUGUGGCAAAACUCACAAACUGCCACAAAAGGGAACUGUCCAGCCCAUGGUACCACAUGUAGGAAUUGUGGCAAAUUAAAUCACUGGCAAUUAGUAUGCAAAUCACCAACAUAGAUCAAAGUCGCCAUACCAAAAAAACAGAAAAUCCAUUAAUAGUCUUGAGAAACAAAAUGAGACUGACCCGUAUGCAGAUAUCCCAACAAUUGGCACUAUUGAAAUAAAUAGUGUGGAAAAUCAUAAUACUACUACUAGUGAAGAAAUAUUUACUACCCUACGUGUUAACCGUAAGAAUAAUGGAGACAUAAAUUUAAAAUGCAAAGUAGAUACGGGUGCUCAGAGCAAUGUAUUGCUCAUUCAUUUGUUUUGUGUUCUAUAUCCUGAAUUAAUUAAUGCAGAAGGAAUGCCCAGGGACGGUGCUCUGCAAAGAAGUGAUGUUAUUUUAACUGCAUAUGGGGGAUCUGAGACUACCCAAUUUGGAAAAAUACUGAUACCAUGUCAACAUAAAAGGGGGAAAUUUAACUGUAUUUUUUACAUAACUGAUGCAGUAGGACCAGCUAUAUUGGGAAUAAAAGCGUGUAGAGCCCUUGAACUGGUUUCACUUCAUUGUGCACUGGAAACAAAAAGUGUGCAAGGAAAGAACGUCUCUUGAGAUGUUGCCCAGGGGCCUAGGAAAGAGGAAGUAAAGCCUUUGAUUUGCACAUCAAGCAAAGAUAAUAAAUCAGCAACAAAAUCGGUCCAGAAAUUAUAUUAAACCUUCUGUGCCAAUAACAAGCCGUCCUCGUAUAAAGGACAAAGAGCAUCUGAUUGAGAUGUACCCAGAAUGUUUUGACGGGUCAGUUGGAUGUUUUGAAGAUUACACUUACCAUAUUACCCUAGAUCCUAAAGUUCAACCAGUUGUUCAUGCACCUCGCAGAGUACCAUUAGAACUGGUAGAUAAACUAAAUUUCGAACUUAAUGAGAUGGAAAAGAACGGGGUAAUAGAAAAAGUAACAAAACCUACCGAUUGGGUUAAUUCUAUAGUUAUAAGAGAAAAGCCCAAUGGAAGACUUUAUGUCUUGACCCUAAAGACUUAAACGAAGCAAUCAUGAGGGAUCAUUACCCAACACCCACCUUAGAGGAAAUCACCCCAAAGUUAGCUGGAGCUAGGGUAUUCAGCAAAAUAGAUGCUCGUAACGGAUACUGGAAUGUUAAGUUGGAUGACGAAUCAUCCUAUCUAACCACUUUCAACACACCGAAUGGUCGUUAUAGAUUCCUUAGGAUGCCAUUUGGUCUUUGAAUGAGCCAAGAUGUUUUUCACUUCAAGAUCGAUGAAACUUAUCGGAACAGUCCUGGUGCUACUGGGAUCGCAGAUGAUAUCACAGUCCAUGGCCGAGAUGAAUCAAAUCACGAUCUACAUCUUCAUGAUGCAAUGGAACGUACAAGAAUGGCUGGCAUCAAACUCAUCAUGCGUAAUGAGGUCGACACGUUUUACUUGGCUCUAUACUUCUGGGUUAUUUUGUCUCUUCAAUUGCUGUUUCUUGGCAGAUUUUUACGGGUUAAAAUGUGAAGAAUCAAGUGGAGGACAAUGUGGCCUCACCGUAAUAGCUGAUCCUACGGUUCAAAGCGAGAAAUUGGGAAAUUAUUACAACAGUGGAACCAGUCAGGCGAAUUAUUUACCCAAUGUCGAACUUUAUACCUGCCUAUGGUUUGGAAGCCUCGGCAAUGCAGAUUUUGUGAUACAAUAUGUGAUAUCUGCUGUUGAGGCGGGUUUUACCAACAACUUUGUGUCUGUGAGUGGUGAUUUUCCACCAAAUGAUAUAUUUAUAACUUCUAAGCCUUUAUUGGGAAAGUUUGACCCAUGUAUUAUUAGAUUAAUAUUAUGCACAAAUGGAACAAAGCACAUUAUACGUUUAUUAAGAUUAAGAUCAUCAAAGUUUUCAAAGUGCCGCGUUAUUUACUACCCUAACUCUGUUGCCUCGACGCAAAUUUUGUUGCUCUCUGGCGACAUUGAAAGAAAUCCAGGUUGGGACGUGAGCGUUGCUCCAAAUUAUUUACAAGAUUUUGUGAAGUCUUUAGACAAAGGAUCAAACAACAUGAAAGUUGCACACAUCAACAUUCGUAGUAUUCGAAAUAAAAUUGAGGAAGUGAAACUCCUGUUAUACGUAUGUCGUUUUGAUAUUUUGGCUAUCACUGAGACACAUCUAAAUCGUAAAAUAUCCAACAGUCAACUUGAAAUUGAGAAUUACAAGAUGGUCAGGAGAGAUAGAAGUUCAGGAAUGGUCGGAGGAGGAUGUCUGGUGUAUAUUGCCAACCAUCUUUGUUUCACGCGGCUUAAAUCAUUUGAAUCGACGGAUAUUGAGGGCAUAUGGCUUAAGAUCAUGUUUGAAUCAUCUGCAUUCAUCGUAGGUUCUAUUUAUAGACCACCCUCUGACUCUGAAUUCUUUCAAAGAUUUUACAUUACGUUGGAGAAAGUCUGGCUGAAGUAUAGAAAUGUUAUGGUAAUCGGAGACUUGAAUGCAGAUUUUACAAGGAAUAGAGGAGAAAUCACAUCAGCAAUGGGCAAACGACUUCAUAAUAUACUUCAGCAUUUUGACUACUCAGUAGUCAAUGAUCAACCAACAAGGAUCACUAGCGAGACAUCCACUUUAAUCGACUUGGUAAUCGCCAGUAAGCCAAACACCAUCAAAUGUACGAAAACACUCGAGCUGGGGAUUUCAGACCAUCUGUUGGUGUAUGCGUCGGUAAAGAACAAGAUUAAGCGACCUCCACCGAAAGUGGUUACAGCUAGAUCUUAUAAACGAUUUGACAACGAAGCGUUUAGAAAAGAUGUUGAGGAAGCACCGUGGGCUGUCAUCUCUGUCUUUGACGAUCCUGAUGACAGCUUCUGGGCCUGGUCACACCUGUUUAAUGAAAUAUGUGAUAGACACGCUCCCUAUAGGCAAGUUAAAAUUAGGCAACAGUCAUUACCUUGGAUAACUCCCCAGAUUCGACAUCUGAUGAACUUGCGUCUGAAAACGUUUUUGAAGGCUAAGAAAUCAAAUAGCCAGGAACUGUGGUCUGAGUAUCGUAGCCUUAGGAAUAGAGUAACUCAAAAGGUCAGGCUGUCGAAAAGUGAAUAUUAUACUAACUUGUUUGAUGAAGUUAAAGAUUGUCGAUCCUAUUGGAAACUGGUGAAGAAUGCUUCAGGUAGUCGAAUUGUCCAGCCAAUUUUAGGUAUAAGGGGAAACGAUCAAAUCAUCGAAACAUCUGACUCGCGGAAAGCAGAAAUCCUUAAUGAACAUUUCUCUACUAUUGGAGAGAAAUUAGCGAGUGAAUUAUAUUCGGGUCAAAGUCAGGAAAAUCCUUUUUCGCAUAUUAUUCGUGUUACACCAACAGUAACGAACAUUGAACUUACUUAUGAUUCGAUUAUGCAAGGUUUAAUGAAACUAAAGAACAAUAAAACUUGUGGACCGGACAACAUCGCACCAAGAUUACUUAAAGGUGCUGGUCAUGUUUUAAUUCCAUCGUUGUUUUCUCUAUAUUCAAUGAGUGCGUCGUGCAAUACUGUCCCAAGCACAUGGAAAUUUGCAAGAGUUUCUGCCUUGUUCAAGAAGGAUGAUGAAACCGAUAAGCAAAAUUAUCGCCCAAUUUCUUUAUUAUGUGUCCCUGGUAAACUCAUGGAAACUCAGGUUGUUUCUACCAUCACAAACCAUGUUGAGCACCAUAAUCUUAGAAAUAAACACCAGUGGGCUUAUAAGAAGGGACAUUCUACGCAGCUACUUUUAGCUAAGAUGACCAAAGAUUGGAGGAGAGCACUGGAUCGAAAGUUAGUUGUUGGUGUUGUCUUUAUUGAUUUCCGUAAAGCUUUCGAUUCUCUACCUCACAAUAUUCUGCUCUACAAACUUCAAAGUUUGGGUAUUGCAGGUGACCUAUGGUGCUGGAUAAGAGAUUACCUCACUGAUCGCCAUCAAGCAACCGUUGUAAACGGCUGCAAAUCAGAAUCUAUGCCUGUUAGGUUUGGAGUACCUCAAGGGUCAGUUCUUGGUCCUAUACUCUUUUCAAUAUUCUGUAACGAUUUACCAGAUGUUGUAGUUGAUGAAAAUGAGGAUGUUGAGAUGUAUGCGGAUGAUACAACAUUGUACGUAGUAGCUAGGACUCACGAUGAAGUUGCCAAUAUGCUGAAUAAAACUUUAAAGAAGUUACAUGAAUGGUGCUGUCUAAAUGGACUGUCUCCUCACCCGGGUAAGACUGAGUACAUGCUUUUAGGUCGAGGGAAAUUUACUGGUCCACUCCAGGACAUCAGAUUUGGAAACAAUAGUAUUAAACAGGUGCUGGUUUCUAGAUGUUUGGGAUUAGAAAUUGAUUAUCAAUUAAAUUGGACCUAUCAUGUUUCUGAAGUUAUUAAAGCAUUUACUCAGAAGUUGAAUUUGUUAAAAUCAUUAUACUUCCUACCGAAAAAAGGUAGAGAGGAUUUUUACUUCAAGGUUAUACUUCCAUCCAUAACCUACGGACUAAUGAUUUGGAGCUCGUGUGGCAAGACCCUCAUGGAUGAAAUAGAAAGAAUUCAUGUUCGAGCUGCAAAGAUCAUCUACAAACUGGACUGGAGUACUCCCAGCGACCAAGUGCUGGUGAAAGCUAAUUGGAACACUAUCAGGGACAUGAACUCAAAAUGUCUACUAUGCUUUGCAUAUAAGUGUUACUAUGGUCAUGUUCCAGAACAAUUACAAUCUAUUGUUAGAAAAAGUAAUUACACAUAUGAUUUUAGAAGGAAGUUAAGUUUAGCCUUACCUGUGCCUAAAUCUAAUUAUGUUAGGAAUUCAAUAUCUUAUAAGGCAGCUAGUCUGUGGAACUCUUUAACGAAUGAGCAUAGGGCUUCAAAUAAUAUAGCUAGUUUUAAAACGAUUUUAAAGACAGAUAAAUUUUAAAUUUAGGUGAUUAUUGACUGGGACUGGGUAAUAAGUUUUUUUUUUAAUUUUUUUUUAUUAAUAUAAUAUAGCUUAAAUUAUUGCUGUAAAUACACGACCACAUCAGUUCAGCUGUAAUCUUAUCGUGUUAAAAUAAAUGCUUUAGUAGUAGUAGUAAGAGAAGUGCAUCAUCAAGACGUCCAAAUGCAGUUUUUUUUGGUAUGGUAUACACCUCGAGUGGAGUCAAACCAGAUCCAGAGAAGGUCAUAGCCAUACAGAACAUGGAACCACCCAAAGAUAAGAAAGAACUUCACACGUUCCUUGGUAUGGUCGUUAACUACUUGGCGUCAUUUAUGCCUAACUUGGCGAGUCACACGGCACCUUUGAGGGAGUUAAUCCGGGAUAACGUUGAUUACCAAUGGUCCCCGUCCCAUACAAGAGCUUUUGACAUACUCAAGUGUCAAAUAAGCACAGAAACUACACUUUCUUACUACGACAGAAGCAAAGCAGUUGUGCUACAAGUAGACGCAUCAAGUAAAGGUUUGGGAGCCGUCUUAUUACAAGAGAAUAAGCCCAUUGCUUUUGCAUGGAAAGCUCUAACUCCUGCUGAGAGUCGGUAUGCCAACAUCGAGCGUGAGUUAUUGGCGGAGGUGUAUGGUUGUGAGAAGUUUCACACAUACUUAUAUGGAAGGCAAUUUGUUGUGGAAAGUGAUCAUCGUCCUUUGGAACAGAUCCAGAAGAAGAAUCUCAACAUGGCACCUCCUCGACUUCAACGAAUGCUCCUACGCUUGCAACCAUCCGAUUGUAUCAUCAAAUAUAAGCCAGGCAAAGAGAUGGUGAUAGCAGAUACACUUUCGAGACUGUCACCAAGGGAGGGAUACGAAAUACCUGGAAUGCAAGUGAAAAUUCAUCAUCUGGUGGAGUUUUCACCUGUCAAGCUCCAACAGAUAAAAGACGAAACUGCUAAAGAUGGAACUCUUCAAAUCCUGACCGAGCAAGCUAUGCAAGGGUGGCCUGAUAGCAUAAAGAAAACUCAGCAAGCAAUAAAGCCUUACUGGAAUAACCGAGAUGAUAUCUCUAUUCAAGAAGGAGUUCUACUAUUAGGAAGUAGAAUCAUUGUUCCAAAAUCACUCCGGCAGAAGAUAUUACAAGAAAUCCACAGUGGUCAUCAAGGGAUGGAGAAGUGCAAACUCCGUGCAAAAUCCUGUGUCUAUUGGCCUGGUAUAUAUAAAGAGAUUGAGAAUAUGGUGGCGUCCUGUUGUGCCUGCAAGAAAUUCCAGAAUUCUCAGCAGAAGGAGCCCAUGAUUCCAAGUGAAGUACCGCCAAGACCAUGGCACACUGUGAGUGCAGACCUGUUCAAGGUAAAUAAUUUCUGGUACAUAGUUAUCGCUGACUAUUAUUCGAAGUUUCCAUUCGUGAAGAAGUUGAAUAAUCUAACAGCAACCACUGUAGUUAAUGUGGUUAGAUCAAUAUUUUCUGAGCAAGGCAUACCAGAAACUCUGAUUUGUGAUAAUGGAACCCAAUUCACUUCUGCCCAAUUUCAAGACCUAGCGAAGAGAUAUGGUUUCAGAGUGGUGACCUCGUAACCGUACUACCCAAAGGGUCAUGGCUUCAUUGAGAGGCAGACUGUGAAGAAGAUCCUGUUGAAAUGCGAAGAAUCCGGAACUGAUCCUAGUCUUGCAUUGCUGUCGUUACGUUCUAUACCGUUAAGUGCAACACUCAAAUCUCCAGCAGAACUAGUAAAUGGAAGAAUGUUCAAGACAACAUUACCAGUAAAGAUUCAUCCACCAAACGAUUGGCACAAAACCAGAGACUUGUUAUUAACACAACAAAAGAAACAAGUUAAUCUAUAUAACAGGGAUUCGAAAGAGAAACUAAAUCUCUUUCAAAAUCAAGCUGUACAAGUUCAAGACCCUCUUAAAAAAAUAUGGAGUACAUCGAGAGUAGUUGGGUUCGGACCAACUCCUUGUUCCCAUAUUACAGAGGAUGAAUCCGGAGUUCAAAUACGGAGGAAUAGACAGUUAAUCAAGCCUGACAUCCAGAAGACACCUGGACCAACAAGUCCUGCUGUGAAAGAUAACCAAAGUGAAAAGAGAAAUGUUGAGAUACCUGAUCGACCAGAAGUUCGAACACGCUCAGGUCGUAUAAUUAAAAAGCCGGACAGGCUAAUGUAUAAGUAGAUAGUAUUGAACAGUCCUAAUGUAUAAGUAGUUAGUAUCGAACAGUCGUAAAUAAGAACACGAUCGGUAAGAUUUAUGCAUUAAUACAAAUACCAUUAGUUAGAAUUAUAAAUUAGAACAUUUGAUAAGAACAAUCUGAAGAUAAAUAAUCUAGAGAUAUAUAAAUAAUACUAAAUAUAAUUUUUAUGUAAAAUUAAGAAAACUUGUAAAAAUAUCUUAAAGAAAGGAGGAUGUUGUAUAUUCAUAUCCGGUUAGUUACUUCCUGUUUUAUGUAAUAUAAAUAAGCCAGUACUGUACAACAACAAUAAAAAAUGUACAACAACAAUACAUGCACUGUACAACAAUACAGUGUACACAAUGUACAACAACAAUAAAAAAUAUAGUCAAAGUAUACUUCACAAUCCUUAUCAAUCUGAGAGUUAGAUCGAGUCAAGAUAACAUAACAGUUUGAAUAUGAGCUUUGACUGAAAAGUGCCUUAAAUAUUAGCCAGCUUCGCAGAAGCAAUGUUGGCUAUUAGCGAAGCUCGGAACCAAUGUUUGAAGUCCCUUCACAGCUUCCGUAUAAAUCAGAUAAAGAUUUGUCCUGAUUUACAUAAACUUUAGCUUUGAUUUUCUCGGCUUAGACUAUGUUUAUUUUUAAAAUUACUUUGCCAAUGAACUCAUAAGAUGGGUCGUUUUUUAAGCACAAUAAAACAUUUGCAUCCAAUAUAGAUGGUUUUCAUGUGACGUCACAAACUAUAUGGCGGCCAUGUUGGUGUACCAAAUUUCCCGCAAAAUAUUCCCGCGAAAUACAAAUAAUCCUGCAUUUCCAUAUUUUUAAAGAUUAUUUUGCAUGUGUUUUAUAUGAUACCUUUAUCGAAUUAUGCUAAAAAGCUUGAACCAAAGGUCAAGAAGCGCUAUAAAGAAAAAAUCUCUGACAUAGGAGUCGACCCAAUGUUGAUUGAAGCCAAGUACUUUCUGUAACCCAGAAUGAGCAAUAAGUCUUCCAUUUACCAUGCCUAAGGAUUAACAGCAUCCCCAAAACUUGGUAAUGUCCCUACUGCAGGACCCUACCUCAGUUUAAGAGAUCUAACCAGAGGAGGUUGGACAAGCAGGCCACAAAGCAUCAUGGGUUUGAGCGCCUAAUUCCACACGUGCCUUCAAUGACUCUUUUACUGUCGUGGAGUGAACAUCUCUCUGAGUAAACAAAUAUGGAAGCAUUCAAAAGACAAGAUUGUCAGGCUGCAAUACUUCGUGAAAAUAGCAUGUUAUUGCUGUAUUGUUGCAAUCCUCAUUAUGACGUGUGAGUUACUAUACCAAGUUUACCUUAUAUUAAAUUGCAUGGGACGUGCUGUCUUUUAGCUUUAUAAAUAAUCCGCGAAGGAAUUGUGUUAUUCCCAAUAGCAACUAGCAAGGCUCUUCUUUCUAAGUUGGAUGGCGUUUACUCCGUAUAUCAUCAACGUGAAAACAAGCGCAGUUUUUGAGGUUGGUAUCCUACAAUGCAAUACAGUUGACUUGUUUCAAAUUUCUGCUUUGUUGUUUUCAAUAUUGUACUGUAAUUUUAUAAAUACACUGUACAAAUUAUGGCGCAAUAUUUCAAAUAUUAAAUUCAACCCUUUAGUUUGACCCUAUUCCUGAUGAGUUUGCUAAUCGAUGUGGAUCAUAUAUUGACAGCGAAUACAAUUGAUGAUGGACAUUGGUUUUCAGAUGAGUCUGAAG